UAAAAGACUUCGACCCAGGAGCAGACGGCACUUUCGGUGGACGUCUGACAGAGGUACACCAACGUCAGGUCUACUGCUCCUCUACCGCUCCUCUACCGCUCCUCUUCCUCCAGCCACCAUGACAGAGCGACGCAUCCCCUUCAGCCUGCUCCGGACCCCCAGCUGGGACCCCUUCCGCGACUGGCACCAGGGCAACCGGCUCUUCGACCAGUCCUUCGGCAUGCCCGCCCUCACAGAGGAGUUCGCCACCUUUCCCAGCACCCACUGGCCCGGCUACCUGCGCCCUGACAUGCCCAUUGCCGGGUUCCUGCCCUCCAUGGUGCCCCAGAGCCCCUUGAUGUCCCCCCAGCAGAGCGUCAUGAUGCAGGCUGCCCUGAUGCCCCAAUCCGGGGCAGCAGCUUACGCCCGCGCCCUCUCCCAGCAGCUCGGCACCGGCAUGUCGGAGAUCAAACAGACCCAGGAGUCUUGGAAGGUCACCCUGGACGUCAAACACUUCUCCCCUGAGGAACUGGUGGUGAAAACCAAGGACGGCGUGGUGGAGAUCACUGGUAAACAUGAGGAGAGGAAAGACGAACACGGAUUUGUGUCCAGAUGCUUCACCAGGAAAUACACCCUGCCCCCUACGGCCGAAAACGAGAAGGUGACCUCCACCCUGUCCCCUGACGGAGUGCUGACCGUGGAGGCGCCAAUGAACCGGCCGGCCAUCAAGACAGCGGAGGUCACCAUCCCCGUCACCACGGUCAGCGACAAGGCCAAGGAGGAGAAAACCUCACGCCCAUAAGCGCACACAUACACACACACACACAGGCACGCGCACGCACGAAGAAACACACGUUUAUAAUAGACACAGAUGACACAGACAGACAGCGUUUGGGACGGUAGGAGGGUAGGAGACACUGAUUAAGCCACAUGCUAUAACAUGCUAUAACAUGCUAUAAGCCCCGGGAAAGCAUCCACAACAGGUUUUACACAGGCUCACGCCAAAGACAGGGAGAAACCGGAGGAAAAAGGGAUCGCCUCCUCAUCCAACCAUCCAGCCAUCCUCACUCACUCCCUUCUUCUGUAAUGAGAUCAGUGUGUCCAUGUGCCCUGGCUGUGUCAACACACUGCAGUGCUUACUAUCAGCAUUUACAGAAAACAUUUGUCUAUUUUUAUUAUCCCUCAGAAAACACACAGACACACACACACACACCCUCCUCAUUCCUAUUAUGCGAUUAACAGGCACUGAAAGCGAUUGGAUGUGCGAACAGUGACUGUGGCCAUGGUGUUUCCUGUCUGUCUGCACCAUCGUUAUAUGCUUGCUGCCUCUCUCUCCCUCUCUUUCUGGCUCUCUCUCACUCUCUCAUUCUCUCUGUCUCUCUAUUCGCUUAGAGACAUUAACACGGCCAAGCGCAGCCAGGGCGCCAGCGAUAGCAUGACUCCAGAUCAUUUGUUGUUGGUGACCGUAGCAGUAGGAAAGACAGCUCAAACUGAUCCAGGAACAGGCAAUUCUGACACAGGCCAGAACCUGGAGAAACAGAAUAACACUGUAAUGAUUGUGGUUUUGUGGUUUCACCAUCCGCUGAGCGCUAACAGACGACUGUCAAAUAUGGUCUGAAUAGGCUGGUCGUCCACCCGUACAGUAUUUGCCUUAGGAACCCUGUAUCCAUGUUAGUUGGUGAAUAAAGAAAUAUCCUAA